AUGCAGGACUGGCAACCCGACGACACUGUGGAGCGGCACACAAAGAAACCCAAUGGAGCGGCCCCCAGAGGCACCGCGGGACCCGUUGAGGGCCCUCCGGCAGCCACAUCCCCUGCUGGUUCUAAAGGUCCAGCCACAGGAAGGACAGGAAGAGCAGAGACCACUGCCACACCUCUGAAGACCACCGCCAUCCCCUCUUUCAUCACCUGGAUCUCCAUUCCCACCUCAGAAGACCUGAAGCUCCAGAUAUCAGGGGAAACCAUCAGCACAGCUCCAGAGGCAACGGCUUCCUCGGCCACGGGUCUUAGAGAGGGUCUCACCAGCACAGCUGUUCCCGGGACAAGCCCCUCUCUACUCAACAGAGAACCAGAGGCCACAGCCUUAUUGGUCCCCAGUCCUGGGGCACAGACCAGUCCAGCUGUCCCAACUCUGGCUGCGUCUUCUCCUGAGUCAGAUUCAACAGCCUCACAGGUCACCCAACCUGAGAUACAGGCAGGUCACUCCACUACAACCCCGCCUGUCUCCUCGGGGGCAUCAGGACUGGAGGCCUCUCUGACCACUAGUUCCGAGGCAGUGACCACAGCACCUUUCUCUAGAACAAGCCCCGAUUUUCCCCAGGGUCAACCACACAUCCCUUCCUCAGUGGACACCAGUACUGGGACAGAAUCCACUUCUGCCGUUCCAACAAUGACGGCAUCGCCUGACAUACUAGAAUGGGUGACCUCACAGGUCCCUAGCUCUGGGACAGACACCAGUUCAACUAAACCAACUCAAACUCCUUCUGAUAAACCAGAGACCACAGCCUCUCUGGCCACCAGCCGUGGCACACCAAAGAUUCCAACCACUCCAAAUCCCUCCCUCUCACUGGACGUAUCAGAGGGGGCAAUGUCACUGGUCACUAGUUCUGGGAGAGAGACGAGUACUACUCCUCCAGAUCUCACUGCUUCCCCAGGUCACCCGGAGACCUCAUGGGUCACCCAGGCUGAGAUAGAAGCCAGUUCCCUUGUUUCAACAGAGACUAUUUCACCUGGAGAACCAGAUACCACAACCUCACGGGUCACUCACCCUGCAGAGGCCAGCACAACAGUCCCCAGGACAACCCUAAGUUUUUCCCAUGGUGAAUCAGAUACCAUGCCCUCAACAGCCGCCGCUCCUGGAGAAGAAGCCAGUUCUGAUAUCCCAGCGACAGGGGUCCCACCUGAUAUCCCAGACACAGUGACUUCACUUGCGACUCCUUCUACAUCAGUGACCAUUAGGAAUAUUCCAACCCUGACUGUUCCAGCCGGUGAGCCGGAGACCACAGCCUCAUUGGUCACCCAUGCUGGGCCACCGACAGGUUCACCCACUCCAGCUCUGACUGUCUCCCCUCGUGCGCCAGGGACAGUGACUGCAUGGGUCACUAGUUCUGGAGCACAGACAAGUUUGCUUCCAACUCGGACUCUUUCCCCUGACCAACCAGAGACCACAGCCUGGUGGGUCACCCGUCCUGGGUCAGAAGCCAGUUCUGCUGCCCCGACUCUGACGGCUUCACCUAGUAGGAGAGAUACCACAGAUUCGUUGGUCCUCCAUCCUACGGAGACCAGCCCAGCGGUUCCCAGGACAACCCUAAGCUUUUCUCAUAGUGAAUCAGAUACCACACCCUCAACAGCCAUUGUUCCUGGGGAAGAAGCCAGUUCAGCUAUCUCAGCAUCCACUGUUUCACCUAAGGUGCAAGAGGCAGUGACCUCACUGGUCACUAGUUCUCUGGCAGUGACCGGUACAAGUCCUCCAAGUCUGGCUCUUUCUUCUCAAUCAGAUACCACAGCCUCACCGGUCACCCAGACUGGGGAGCAGACGAGUCCAGCCGUUCUAACUAGGACUGUCUCUCCUGGUGGAAAAGGACUGGUGACCUCACUGGUCACUAGUUCUGGGACAGAGACAAGUACAACCACUCCAGCUCUGACCCUUUCCCCAGAUCAACUGGGCACCACAACCUCGCGGGUCCCUCAUCCCGGGGCCGUUGCCAGUUCAGCUGUGCCCACUCUGACCAUUUCCCCUGGUGAGCCAGCUGCAACAGCUCGAGUCAUUCGUCCUACAGAGACUAGCCCGGCCAUCCCCAGGACACCCUCAGAUUUUCCCCCUAGUGGAUCAGACACCACACCCUCAACGGCCGCCAGUCCUGGGACAGAAGCCAGUUCAGCUGUGCCCGUCAGGACUGCCUCACCUGAAGCACCUGAAGACACGGUGACCUCACAGGUCACUAGUUCUGAACCGCCAGCCAGGAUGACUCUUCUAAUGACAACUCUCUCUCCCGGUGAACCAGAAACCACAGCCUCAUUGGUCACCCCUCCCAGGGCACAGACAAGCACCAAAGUCCCUGCCUCAACUCUAGUUCGUCCUUUAUCAGAGACCACAGCCUCACUGUCCAUCGGACCUGGGGUGGAGGUUAGUACAGGUAUCCUGACUCACGCUGCUUCACGUGGUGGACCAGAGACGACAACUCCUGUCUCCUCCUCGCCUGGGACUGAGACCAGCAGAGCUAAUCCAGGCCCGGGUGUGUCAACGGGUGCUCCUGAAGAAGCAGCCUCACCUUCCACCCACCCCGGGACAGAGACCAGCAACACUGUUCCAACCCUGUCCCCUGGUUUAACAUCAACCACGGGUGUACGGGCCCCCAGCGCCCCCAGCCCCUCAGCAGAGGCCAGCACAGGUAUCCCAGCUCCGACCAUUCCCCCCAGCGUCCCCGGGCUUGCCAGUGCCCCUACAGCAAGUGAGCCCCCUACGGUGACCUCCUGGAGCACAGAGACUUCACUGCCUGCAACUUCAGUUGGACUCCCAGAUAUUUCCAGAACUGUCACAGAUACCACUAUGACCUUGAUACCAUCAGAAAGCCCAACAUCACCUACAGCCAGUCAUGGAGAAGGAGCAAGUCAAACCACUACCCUGAAAGCUACAACUGAGGGGACCCCUCAUCUAGCUGCCACAGGUUGGAGCUCCACAAUGGCUGACACCAGAAUCACCUUUGGCACACUGCCCGGAAGGCCCUUGAGCCCUCUGACCACACCCGCGAUGUCCACCUGGGGCCCUGAGAGCAUGACUCCAGGAACAGCUGAGGUUCCUCUGACGGUAUAUUUUACUAUCAACUUCACCAUCACCAACCUGCCCUACAUGGAGGACAUGGGGCUUCCAGGCUCUGGGAUAUUCAAUGCCACCGAGAGGACCCUACAGUACCUGCUCAAGCCCUUGUUCAGGAACAGCAGUCUCGGCUCCUUCUACGCUGACUGCAGGCUGAAAAUGCUCAGAGCCGAAAAGGAUAAGAUGAGCACCAGGAUCGACGCAGUGUGCAGCUACUACUCAGGUCCCACAGGCCCGAGGCUGGACAGGGAGCAGUUGUACUGGGAGCUGAGCCGGCUGACCCAUGGUGUCACCCAGCUGGGCCCCUACUCUCUCGAAAGGAACAGUCUGUGUGUCAAUGGUUACACCCAUCAGUACUGGGCUUCAACCAAGAGCACUGCAGGUCUACAACCGGUCAUGGUGACAUUUACCCUGAACCUGACAAUCACCAACCUAUAUUACACCCCAGACAUGGGGCGCCCAGGCUCCUUGAACUUUAACGCCACGGAGAAGGCCCUGAUUCGCCUGCUCGAGUCUGUGUUCAGGAACACCAGCAUCGGCUCCAGCUACUCUGGCUGCAGACUGUCUUUGCUCAGGUCCAAGAGUGAGGCGGUCACCACCGUGAAUGCCAUCUGCACCUACCAUCCUGACCCCAUGAGUCCCAGUCUGGACCGAAAGCAGCUGUACCAGGAAGUGAGCCAGCUGACCCACGGAAUCACCCGGCUGGGCCCCUACACCCUGGACAGAGACAGCCUCUAUAUCAAUGGUUACAACCAACGGUCCUUGGCCCUUACCACCAGCAGUACAAGCUCGUACCUGGUAUCCUUCACCCUCAACUUCACCAUCACCAGCCUGAACUACACAAAGGACAUGGAGCCCCCAGGAUCUGAGAUAUUCAAGACCAUAGAGAGGAUCUUGAAACGCCUGCUCAGGCCCGUGUUCCAGAAUAGCAGUAUCGGGCACCUGUAUUCUGACUGCAAACUGACCUUACUCAGGCCUGAGAAAAACAGAACAGCUACCGGAGUGGACGCAGUCUGCACCUACCGUCCUGACCCCAUGGGCCUCGAGCUGGACAGAAAGAAGCUGUACUGGGAGCUGCGCCAUGAGACCCACGAUGUCACCCAGCUGGGCUUCUUCACCCUAGACAGGGACAGUCUCUAUGUCAAUGGUUAUAACCAUCAGGCCUCGGGUCCCUCUCUCAGCAGUGAGUACUUAUCCUUGAUGACCGUGUGCACAAACCUCUUCCGCUGUGAGCUCUACUUUGUUCCCAACGACUUCCACGGCGCACGCCCACCUCUCCAGCUCUACAGGUGGGUGACUUCUCUUUCCAACCUCUUCCGGGAAGUCAGCGUGCACAGCCUCAAAGCGAGGACCUGGGAGAUGCGGGGGAAAGGGCAGUCUGCGGUGGCGGUCCCUUUCCAGCUGCCAUUCACCCUCAACUUCACCAUCACCAACCUGGAGUACGAGGAGGACAUGCAGAACACGGGCUCCAGAAAGUUCAGCUCCACGGAAAGAACCCUGCAGUACCUGCUCAAAACCAUAUUCAAGAACAGCAGUGUGGGAUACCUCUAUUCGGGCUGCCGAUUAUCCACGCUCAGGCCUGAGAAGGACGGGGCAGCCACCAGAGUGGACCUGAUCUGCACUCAUCGCCCUGACCCUAAAGGCCACAUAUUGGACCGAGAAAGACUGUACUGGGAGCUGAGCCAGCUGACCUAUAACAUCACCCGGCUGGGACCUUACACCCUGGACAAGGACAGUCUCUAUGUCAAUGGUUUCACCCAUUGGAGCUCUUCCCUCGUCACCAGCACUCCUAGGAUCUCCACAGUGGACCUGAGAACUUCUGAGUCUCCAUUCUCCUUCCCCAGCCACACAGCCGUGAGCCCUGCCCUGAUGCCCUUCACCCUCAACUUCAUCAUCACAAACCUACAGUACGUGUCCGACAUGAGGCAUCCAGGAUCCGACAAGUUCAACACAACCGAGGCCAUCCUGCAGCGCCUACUUGGCCCUGUGUUCAAGAACACCAGUAUUGGCCCCCUCUACACUGGCUGCAGACUGACUUCACUCAGGUCUGAGAAGAACGGGUCAGCCACCAGAGUGGACAUCAUCUGCACCCAUCGCUCUGAGCCCACAGGCACCGGGCUGGACCGAGAGCUGCUCUACUGGGAGCUGAGCCGUGAGACUCGUGGCAUCACCCGGCUGGGCUUCUUCACCCUGGACAAGGACAGCCUUUAUGUCAACGGUUACACGCACUGGGCCCUGACUCCUGUCCCCACGACUGAUAUGGCCUCUGUCAUCCCCCCGGUGACUUCUGCACUCCCAGCCCCAAUCUCCACAGGAAGCACUUAUCUCCCUGGCGCCGAGUUCCCCACUCAUGGCUCUCUGUUGAUGCUGACGUCCGGGGUCUCCUCCAUCCCUCCUCGAGGAAGCCCCUCCCCAGUGCUUGAAGACACGUGUGAGAUGCCCCACACGCAGCUUCACAGACCGGGAAUACUCAGUGGGUGUCUUUCUCCAGCCACCCCUACAGCGGCUGGCUCUAUGCUGGUGCCGCUCACCAUCAACUUCACCAUCAUUGAUCUGAUGUACGAGGAGGAGAUGCGUCAACCCGGAUCCUGGAAGUUCAACAUCACCGAGAGAGUGCUGCAGAAGCUGCUCAGGUCCUUGUUCAAGAACACCAGUAUCGGCCCUCUGUAUUCUGGCUGCAGGCUGACUUUGCUCAGAUCUGAGAAGGGUGGAACGGCCACUGGAGUGGAUGCCGUCUGCACCUACCACCCAGACCCCUCAGGCCUGGGGAUGAACAGAGAGAAGCUGUACUGGGAGCUGAGCCAGCUGACCCACGGCAUCACCCAGCUGGGCCCCUACACCCUGGACAGGAACAGUCUCUAUGUCAAUGGUUACACCCACCAGAUCAUGGCCACCACCACCAGGACUGCCAGCCUUACCCUGCAGCACUUCACGGUCAACUUCACCAUCCUCAACCUGCCCUACAUGGAGGACAUGCAGCCCGGCUCUGUGAGGUUCCAGUCCACAGAGACAACUCUGCAACACCUGCUCAAGUCCUUGUUCACCAACUGCAGCAUCGGUUCACUCUACGAUGGGUGCAGACUGUCCAUACUGAGGCCUGAGAAAGGUGGGACAGCCACUGGAGUGGACGUCAUCUGCACCUAUCAUCCUGACCCUGGGGGCCUCGGGCUGGACAGGGAACAGCUCUACUGGGAGUUGAGCCGCUUGACCCACGGUGUCACCCGGCUUGGCUCCUACAUCCUGGACAGAGACCACUUUUAUGUCAAUGGUUUCACCAGGCCAGUCCUGACCUCCACGGCCCCUGAUGUGAAUACACUGGGUACCAGGGAUAUGGACUUGGAGUCCUCCUCAACCCCCAAAUCUACUUCGCAGUAUAACUCGGGGCUUAUCUUCUCCCCCAAUCUCACAGCAGUCUCUGGCGCUGCUCUGGUGUCAUUCAGCCUUAACUUCACCAUCACCAACCUGCUUUACGCGGAGGAUAUGCAGCUCCGGGGCUCUGUUAAGUUCAACAAAACCGAGAACGCUCUGCAGAAGCUGCUCAGGUCCCUGUUCCAGAGCACCAGUGUCGGCCUGCAGUACUCUGGCUGCAGACUGAUCUCUCUCAGGCCAAAGAAUGGCGGCGCCGCCACAAGCGUAGACGUGCUCUGCACCCACCACCAGAAAUCGGGGGCUCCGGAGCUGGACAGAGAGCAGCUGUACUGGGAGCUGAGCCUGCUCACCAAAGGGGUCACUCAGCUGGGCAGCUACACCCUGGACCGGAACAGUCUCUUCGUCAACGGUUACACCCACCGGACUGCAAUGACCACCACCAGUGUGACGGGACUGGCCCUAGAGUCCAUCACCAUCAACUUCACCAUCACCAACCUGCAGUACAAGGAGGACAUGCAGCCCCCAGGGUCCUUCACCUUCAAGACCACAGAGAAGGCUCUGCAGCUCCAGCUAGGGCCCUUGCUCAAAAACACCAGCGUGGGUCCCUUGUACUCUGACUGCAAAGUGAUUUUGCUCAGACCCAGGAAAGAUGGAUUGGCCACCAGGGUGGAUGCAGUCUGUAACUACCGUCCCGACCCUGUGGGCUCCAAGCUGGACAUAAAGCAGCUGUACUGGGAGCUGAGCCAGCUGACCCACGGCAUCACCCAGCUGGGCCCCUACACCCUGGAGAGGAACAGUCUCUAUGUCAAUGGUGAGCAGCGGCCAUCUGUUCUGCUGUGUGGUUACACCCACCAGGCCACAGCAACUACUCCCAGUGAUGCAGCCUCAGGACUUCGCCUGGAGUCCUUCACCCUCAACUUCACCAUCACCAACCUGCGCUACGAGGAGGAAAUGCAGCCCCCAGGGUCUUGGAUUUUCAACAGCACAGAGAAGACUCUGCAGCAGCUGCUCAGGCCCUUGUUCAGGAACACCAGUGUGGGUCCCCUGUACUCUGACUGCAGACUGACUUUGCUCAGGUCUGAAAAGAAUGGCUCAGCCACAGGAGUGCACACCGUCUGCACCUACCAUCCUAACCCCUUGGAACCCAAGCUGGACACAGAGCAGCUGUACUGGGAGCUGAGCCUGCUCACACAAGGGGUCACUCAGCUGGGCAGCUAUACCCUGGACCGGAACAGUCUCUAUGUCAACGGUUACACCCACCGGACUGUCAUGACCACCACCACUGACCCUGCCUGCCCUCAAAAUCCACCCAUAUCUGACUCAAAGGUCCUCUCCUCUCCCUCCCCUGAUGCAGUCUCAGGACCUCCCCUGGAGCCCUUCACCCUCAACUUCACCAUCACCAACCUGAGCUACGAGGACGACAUGCAGCCCCCAGGGUCCUUGACCUUCAACACAACUCAGAGGGUCCUGCAGCACCUGCUCGGACCCUUGUUCAAGAACACCAGUGUGGGUCCCCUGUACUCUGACUGCAGACUGACUUUGCUCAGGCCAGAGAAGGAUGGGGCUGCCACCAGAGUGGAUGCUGCUUGUACCCACCGCCCAGGCCCCACAAGUGUUGGGCUGGACAGAAAGCAGUUGUACGAGGAACUGAGCCAGCUCACCCAGGGCAUCUCCCAGCUGGGGACCUACACCCUGGAUAAGGACAGUCUCUAUGUUGAUGGCUAUACCCGCCAGGCCUCGACCACUACCUCCAGCAUCAAUGGCUCCUCCGUGGUAGCUGUCACCCUCAACUUCACCAUCACCAACAUGCAACACACGGAAGAGAUGGAGCACCCAGGGUCCUUGAAGUUCAUCUUCACCGAGAAGAUCCUGAAGCGCCAACUCGAGACCUUGCUCAACAAGACCAGUGUGGGCCCCCUCUACGCCAGCUGCAGGCUGGCCUCGCUCAGGCCUGAGGAUGGCAGAGCCUCCACGGGAGUGGAUAUGAUCUGCACCUUCCACUCUGACCCCGUGGGCGCCCAGCUGGACACGGAGCGGCUGUACUGGGAGCUGAGCCACGAGACCCAUGGUGUCACCCGGCUGGGCUCCUACAGUCUGGACAGGAACAGUCUCUACGUCAACGGUUACACCUUUGGAUCCGCGGCCCUAACCCCCACCACUGGGGAGGUCAGCAGGGAGCCCUUCACCCUGAACUUCACCCUCCGCAACCUGCGCUACUCGUCUGAAAUGCGCCACCCCCGAUCCCUCAAGUUCAACAUCACGGACACCCUCAUGCAGCACCUGCUCAGCCCUUUGUUCCAGAGGAGCAGCCUGGGGGCCCAGUACAGAGGCUGCCAGGUCACGGCCCUAAGGUCUGUGAAGAACGGUGAGCAGACCCAGGUGAAUCUCCUCUGCACCUACCAGCGGCCACCUAGGGGCCCAGGUCUGUCCGCCCGGCAGGUGUUCCACGAGCUGAGAAGGCAGACUCGUGGCAUCACCAGGCUGGGCCCCUACUCUCUGGACAAGGACAGCCUCUACCUCAAUGGUUACAAUGAGCGUGGUCCAGAUGAGCCUCCUCCAACUCCUGAGUUAACUACCACAUUCCUGCCUUCGCCCAAGACAUCUGCGCAGCCAGAAACCACCACAGAAGCGAAGCCGUCCACUCCUCUACCAACAGAAGUGCCCACCAGGAGUUCCAGCUCCCAGAACUUCCAGCUCAACUUCACCGUCACCAACCUGCUCUAUACCCAGGACAUGGCUCAGCCAGGCACAGCCAGACACCAACGGAACAAAAGAAGCCUGGAGAAUGCGCUCAACCAGCUUUUCCGAAACAGCAGCAUCAAGAGUUACUUUUCUGACUGUCAAGUUUUAGCAUUCAGGUCUGUCCCCCAUAGCAACCACACUGGGGUGAACUCCCUGUGUUACUACUUACCAUUGACCCGGAGAGUGGACAGAAUUACCAUCUAUGAGGAAUUCCUGCGGCUGACUCAGAAUGGCACCCACCUGCUGAACUUCACCCUGGACAGGAGCAGUGUCCUUGUGGAUGGAUAUUCUCCCACCAUAAAUGAUGCUAUGACUAGAACUUCUGCCCUUCCCUUCUGGGCCAUCAUCCUCAUCUGCUUGGCGGGACUCCUGGGACUCAUCACGUGCCUGAUCUGCUGUUACCUGGUAACCAUGCGCCGGCGGAAGAAGGAGGGGAAUUAUGAGGUGCAUCACCGACCCCUGGGCUACUACGUGCCACACCUGGACCAGACGAAGCUGCAGUGA